AUGGCUGAAUCGAAAGAAUAUACGUACGUCCAUGAGGUAUACAACGACAUAGCAAGCCAUUUCUCCCAGACACGCUAUAAACCUUGGCCCAUAGUGGAGGAAUUCCUAAAGCAACGAAAUACAGGAAGUAUCGGUAUAGAUGUCGGAUGUGGCAACGGUAAAUACCUUGGAGUGAAUCCUGAUAUAUUUAUUAUUGGUUCAGAUAGGUCUGACGGUCUUAUUUCAUGCGCAAAGAAUAUCAACAGUGCAUAUAAUGUCCUUGUUGCUGAUGGACUACACCUGCCUCAUCGCGAAUGCACUUUUGAUUUUGCUAUAUCCAUUGCAGUUGUGCACCACUGGAGUACUCGUGAGAGGCGUAUUGCAGCGAUAAGACAUAUUAUGAGCAAAUUGCGUUCUGGGGGUGAAGCUCUCAUUUAUUGUUGGGCCCUAGAGCAAGGUAAUUCAAGAAGAGGCUACCAUGAGGGAAUGGAACAGGACGUACUUGUCCCAUGGGUACUACAGCAGAAGCCUGCUACGAAACAGAAGCCCAAAAAAGAGCACUCUGCUAAAGUUGACCUACAAUGCAUUCCUCCGUCAGAAAGAGCCUCGUUUUUGGAGCGUUGGAAGAAAGAACAAGAACUAAAGCGUAACCAAGAACAUGAAACACCCGAAAAGGCACAGCAAAGCCCUGCGACAACAGAUACAAAGUACAGAUAUUAUCACCUGUAUAAGCAGGGCGAACUAGAAGAAGAUUGCGAGUCAGCUGGUGGAAUUAUUGUAAGAAAUGGGUAUGAGAAGGAUAACUGGUACGUAGUAGUCAAAAAGCCCUGA